AUGGCUCAGACCAGUAUGGUCAUCAACAGUGACUAUGGGGAUUGGAGUUGGAGUUCAGAUGCUGGAGAGCGAGCUCGCCUCCUACAGAGCCCCAUCGUGGAUGGAAUCCCAAAAGGAGAGGAGGAGGAGCCAGGAGCCACAAACGGGGCCACCACCUCCACAUUGGGAGCUGUCUUUAUUGUGGUCAAUGCCUGCCUGGGUGCUGGCCUACUAAACUUCCCUGCUGCCUUCAGCACAGCUGGGGGAGUAGCAGCUGGAAUCUCCCUGCAGAUUGGCAUGUUGGUCUUCAUCAUCAGUGGGUUGGUCAUCCUGGCAUAUUGCUCCCAGGCCAGCAAUGAACGAACCUACCAGGAGGUGGUGUGGGCAGUCUGUGGCAAACUGACUGGGGUACUGUGCGAGGUCGCCAUUGCUGUGUACACUUUUGGUACCUGCAUUGCCUUCCUCAUCAUCAUUGGGGACCAGCAAGACAAAAUUAUCGCUGUGUUGGUAAAGGAGUCGGAAGAGGCAGUCAACACCCCCUGGUAUAUAGACCGAAAAUUCACCAUCAGCCUCACUGCUUUUCUCUUCAUUCUUCCCCUCUCCAUCCCCAGGGAGAUUGGCUCCCAGAAAUAUGCCAGUUCCCUGAGUGUCCUUGGCACCUGGUAUGUCACAGCCAUUAUUGUUAUCAAAUACAUCUGGCCCGAUAAGGAGAUGUCCCCUGGGGAUAUACCCACCAGACCGACCUCUUGGAUGGCCGUGUUCAAUGCCAUGCCCACGAUCUGCUUUGGAUUCCAGUGCCACGUAAGCAGUGUUCCCGUCUUCAACAGCAUGAGGCAGCCCAAGGUGCAGACCUGGGGUGGAGUGGUAACAGCAGCGAUGGUCAUAGCCCUCUGUGUCUACAUGGGCACAGGCAUCUGUGGCUUCCUAACCUUUGGAGUCAAUGUGAACCCAGAUGUGCUCCUCUCCUAUCCCUCGAAUGAUGUCCUUGUUGCCAUUGCCCGUGUCUUUAUCAUCAUCAGUGUGCUGACCUCCUACCCCAUUCUGCACUUUUGUGGACGGGCUGUUCUGGAGGGCCUAUGGCUGCGAUAUAAGGGCGAGACAGUGGAGGAAGAUGUAGCCAGGGAGAGGCGUCGUCGAGUGCUACAGACCGUCACCUGGUUCCUGCUGACCCUGCUCCUGGCCCUCUUCAUCCCAGACAUCGGGAAGGUCAUUUCCAUCAUUGGUGGCCUCGCAGCCUGCUUCAUCUUCGUCUUCCCAGGACUGUGCCUGAUUCAAGCCAAACUUUCUGAAAUUGAAGAAGUCAAACCAAGCAGCUGGUGGGCACUAGUCAGUUAUGGAGUCCUCAUGGUCACCCUUGGAGCCUUCAUCUUUGGCCAAACCACAACCAAUGCCAUCUUCAUGAAUAUCAUGGCUUGACCGCUCAGCUUGGGACUGGACAGCCAAAGGGAAAAAAGUGGCCUUUUCUGCUGAGACCUUGAAGAACUGCAUCCAUACACCACUAGCCCCUGGCUAUUACCGGGGGGAACCAUAUCAUGUGUCAUCUUGUUUGAUCACAUCCCAUCAUUAUUAGUAUCCUCAUGAGGCAGAGGGUUGGAGCCUCCUUUCCAGGGGGCUCUUCUGGUCAGAGGACAGUCCUGGGGAUGGUGGGAAAGAAUCAGUCCUGAAUCUUCUCAAGGAUCUCCCAUUAGCCCCACAUCUAAAAUUAAGAUCCUAUUUCUUUUACCAUUUGGUAGAGAGGAGCAGGAAAAGCCCUGAAGGGAGAACCUAGUUUCACUUCAGUGAGGAGAAAAUCCCUUCCUCUGCUGGAAAGCUCUUUGCAGAAAGAUGGCAUGAGGCAGGGAGCAGAGCCCGGCACUUCUGGGAAGGCCUUCAGGCUGGGAACACUACAUACAGUCACUGAAGCACUUGUAACUUCAAGUGUACGGUUCAGACGUGAACCCAGGAGCUCACACAUUUCCAAAAUCAUGUAAAUGAUCAUCCCCAAAUGGAGGAUUUUUCCCUGGCCAGCAAAAGGCAGGGAUCAGACCCAAGUCAAUUCCAGGCUCCCGCUUUGUUCUGGUAAACAUCUUUACACUAUCCAUUAGUUAUACUCGGGCCUUUUGGAACCCUGUCUCUUCCUCCCAGCAUCAUGUAGACUGGAACCCAGGAAGAGUAAAGACCACUAUUCCAUGGCCACUGAGACAAUUCCAUCUCACUACAUUCCAGAGGGGCUUGAAGAGGCCAGGGCUGGGCUUCUUGGUCUCAUCCAGCCCCAGAAUCUCACUAAGUCUAAUGUUUACAGAGACUAUUGGGCUUCCCUAUGUGCAGGAGGGAGCCAACACAUGUUAAUGGUGCUUCAUGUAUAUCCAUCUGUUACCUCCAGGUUAGAAAUUCUCUCUUCCCUCACAAAUUCCAAAUUGGCACUUCCUUAAAGAGUAGAAAGGAGGAAAGGAUAGCAAGACAGCUAUUUCAGCUUCCUUUGUUCUCAGAAGCUCCCAGCCCAUGUUCGCUUGCUGUUCUCUGCCCAGACUUCCAUUUGCUAUUUUAUUUAAGGGUGAAUACAGCCCUAGGUGGGGAAAGACCCAUCUGGCAUUGGACUGUCAAUGGGAGUUGUGACACUGGUCAUAAAAGAGGAUCAGACCCCCUCUCUGCAGCCUACCAGAUUAUAAGGCAGCGAUGAUUUUCCAUGCCUAGAGAGCCUACUUCCUGUGCCAUGAUCCCCUUCAUUUGAUUUCCUCUUUUCUUGUAUCUGGUGAAAAGGGGCAGUCAGCUCUUGAGCCAGUCUCCUGCCCUCCCUUAGACCCCACAGGCAAACAUCCUGGUCUGGCAUCCUCAUGAGAUAGUUAGUGCUGAGAACAUUGUAUUCGAUUCUUUAGGAGCAUGAGAUGAAGGAUGAAGUCCCCAGAGGGUAAGGGCCAGGCCUCUAAGAAUUGUCGACUUUUAAGACUUUCCAUCUCAGACAACCCAUGCUAUCCAUUUACCUUUGUGUCAGUGUCUGUGACUCCAUUAAGCCAUGUGGCUUUGGGUACCUUCAGCAGCCCCUGCUUGCUUUGAUAAUCUCAGGAAGACCAAGGGUCAUAAACUAGAGCUCUAGAUCUACCACCCUGCUUCUUCCAGACCAAAGCCACCACCCUUCGGAGGUAGAGACCCCAAACCUCUCCAGCUCACCAAUUGGUUUUUCUAUGCUGAUGGAUCCAGAAGAAGGAGUUGGUUUAUAGAGAGUAGUCUUCCCCUUAAGAACACUGUACUCUUGAAGGUCCAGCUAAGGACCUGGUCUUCCCUCUUUCCAUAUAAACAACCUGGGCCUCCAGGUUCGGUUGUGUGGGAAGCCAAGAUUAGGUAACAAGCCUCAGUCUCCUCCCAUUCUCUCCUUCCCCUAACCAGUAAUACAGGCCCAACUUCUUGCCAAGUUAUGGGCUUUUAUCUUCUCACCUGGCACUGCCAGCGGGGGAAGUGGUCUGCUCUAGCCACCCGUGUCUGCUGCCCCUUUAGAGAGUUGAGAUGGAAGCAGGGGUGAGGAGAUUCCAACCCCAGACUAGGUGUGUCAAGUCAGAAAAGAGGAUAGUCUCUGGCUCACACCUCCCAAUGUUCUCCCUCUGCCUCCCCCCACAUCUGUGAUUUUUACUGGGAUUUUUCUUCCUGCCCAUGUAUCCUCAGCUAUGAGAAAACAUAAUAAAAGGGAACUUGUGCUGCUGA